UACCUGUGUUGCAGUUUGUGGGCAUUUACAAUUUCUGGGCUCAUCUUCCCUGAAAUGCUAGGAGCAAGGUCCCUUUGAUAGUGACCAAUGCAUGGUUGGCUGCCCCACUGAAGGCCACUGGGUCUGUUAAACUCUCUCCUUUCCCUCUUCGGAAGAGCGGCAUGAAGCUGGCAAUCCUCUUCCUUGGCCCCAUGGCCCUCCUCCUUCUGGCUGGCUGUGGCUGUGUCCUCGGCACCUCCAGUGGGAACCUGCGCACCUUUGUGGGCUGUGCCGUGAGGGAGUUCACUUUCCUGGCCAAGAAGCCAGGCUGCAAGGGCCUUCGGAUCACCACGGAUGCCUGCUGGGGUCGCUGUGAGACCUGGGAGAAACCCAUUCUGGAACCCCCCUACAUUGAAGCCCAUCAUCGAGUCUGUACCUACAACGAGACCAAACAGGUGACCGUCAAGCUGCCCAACUGUGCCCCGGGAGUUGAUCCCUUCUACACCUAUCCCGUGGCCAUCCGCUGUGACUGCGGAGCCUGCUCCACUGCCACCACGGAGUGUGAGACCAUCUGAGGCUGGCACGGUCUGCGGAGCCCAGCCAGUGGCCUGAGUCUCACAGACCCACCUGUGUGAGCAGCACAAGCAGUUAUACUUCCUGGAUGCAAGGCUGUUUAAUUUCGACCAUACCCAUGGAGGAGGUUACCUGUCACCCCUUAGGUCCAGCUCAGGCAAAAGGCCCAGAUGCAGCCUACUUAUGUUAAAAGUGCAAAACAAUAUUUGUGUCUUCACCAAAAUAAUUUCUCCAGUUCAUAUACCGGCAAAUUAAUUUUUCUUUGCCUUGAUUCUUGGAACAUAAUUUGUGUAUCACAAUCCUUGCCCAAUUUGGACUCAUAAUAUGCUAAUGAUUUAAACAUACUGGGUGUAAUUAGGAAAUGGGGCUGGAAAGUGAAAGUCUUUAAAUUCUCAUGUUCUGUUUAACCACUGACUCCAACGGAUUUAGGAUUAAAGGACUAUAAAUGAAUAAAACCCACGCACUGGUCUUCCUUACCUCAGAGGAGCUCCAACUGCAAUCUUCUUUAGGGAAAAUGCUCCCUUACCCCUUUUAACUGAGCAAUUAUCUACACAAGAAAUAGAAAGUGCUCAGAUAAAA